CCCCGCCCACCCGACAGGUCUCGCCCCGCCUUCAGCAAGCCGCAGGAUCCCUGCUGGCCGCGCUGCGGGGCAGCUCCUCCUCCUCUCCGCCCGGCCGGCUGCGGGCGCCGGGGACGUCAGCGCUGCCAGCGUGGAAGUCGCUGUGGGCCGCGGGAGGCGGAAGUAGUUCCCGGCACCGCGGGACCAACACCAAACGCCUCAGCUAUGGACGCGUCCCUGGAGAAGAUAGCAGACCCUACAUUAGCUGAAAUGGGAAAAAACUUGAAAGAGGCGAUGCGGAUGCUGGAGAACAGCCCAAGAAUAGAGGAAGAAAGUGGAAAGAAACCAGUGCCUGAGGAUAUUCCAGGACCACUCCAAGGCAGUGGGCAAGAUAUGGUGAGCAUCCUCCAGUUAGUUCAGAAUCUGAUGCAUGGAGACGAAGAUGAGGAGCCCCAGAGCACCCGAAUCCAGAAUAUUGGAGAACAAGGUCACAUGGCUUUGUUGGGUCAUAGUCUGGGUGCCUAUAUUUCAACUCUGGAUAAAGAGAAGCUAAGAAAACUUACAACCAGGAUACUUUCUGACACUACCUUAUGGCUAUGCCGGAUUUUCAGGUACGAAAAUGGAUGUGCUUAUUUCCAUGAGAAAGAGAGGGAAGGACUUGCUAAGAUCUGUAGGCUUGCCAUUCAUUCUCGCUAUGAAGACUUUGUAGUGGAUGGAUUCAACGUGUUGUAUAACAAAAAGCCUAUCAUAUAUCUUAGUGCUGCUGCUAGACCUGGCCUGGGCCCGUACCUUUGUAAUCAGCUUGGCUUGCCCUUCCCCUGCCUGUGCCGUGUGCCCUGUAACACUAUGUUUGGAUCCCAGCAUCAGAUGGACGUUGCCUUUCUUGAGAAACUGAUCAAAGAUGACGUAGAAAGAGGAAGACUGCCAUUGCUGCUUGUUGCAAAUGCUGGAACUGCAGCAGUCGGACACACAGACAAGAUUGGACGUCUGAAGGAACUCUGUGAGCAGUAUGGCAUUUGGCUCCAUGUGGAAGGUGUGAAUCUGGCAACAUUGGCUCUAGGUUAUGUCUCCUCGUCUGUGCUGGCUGCAACCAAAUGCGAUAGCAUGACACUGACUCCUGGCCUGUGGCUAGGUUUGCCAGCUGUUCCUGCAGUGACACUCUACAAACAUGACGAUCCUGCCUUGACACUAAUUGCUGGCCUUACAUCAAAUAAGCCUGCAGACAAACUUCGAGCCCUGCCACUCUGGUUGUCUCUACAAUACUUGGGACUUGAUGGCAUUGUGGGGAGAAUAAAGCACGCUUGUCAGCUGAGUCAACGACUGCAAGAGAGUUUGAAGAAAGUGGACCACAUCAAAAUCCUGGUGGAAGAUGAGCUCAGUUCUCCAGUAGUGGUAUUCAGAUUUUUCCAGGAAUUACCAACCUUAGAUCCAGCAUUUAAAGUUGCCGCUGUAUCCAACAUAGCAGCUGCAGCAGUUGGCCGAGAGAGACACUCCUGUGAUGCACUAAACCGCUGGUUGGGAGAACAGUUGAAACAGCUGGUGCCUCAAUGUGGCCUCACUGUCAUGGACCUGGACAUAGAUGGCACAUGUGUUCGGUUCAGCCCUUUGAUGACAGCAGAAGCAUUAGGAACUCGAGGAGAGGAUGUAGAUCAACUCAUCACCUGCAUCCAAAGCAAACUGCCAGUCCUGACAUGUACACUACAGCUACGGGAAGAAUUCAAGAAGGAGGUAGAGGGGACAGCCGGGCUCCUGUAUGUGGAUGACCCCAACUGGCCUGGAAUUGGAGUUGUCAGGUAUGAGCAUGCUAAUGAUGAUAACACCAGUUUGCAAUCUGAUCCAGAGGGGGAAAAAAUACACACUGGACUUCUGAAAAAGUUAAAUGAACUGGAAUCUGACCUCACAUUUAAAAUGGGCCCUGAGUACAAAAGCAUGAAGAGCUGCAUUUACAUUGGCAUGGCAAGUGAUGAUGUGGAUGUUUCUGAGCUAGUGGAGACCAUUGCUAUCACAGCCCGGGAAAUUGAAGAGAACUCAAGGCUUCUAGAGAACAUGACAGAAGUUGUUCGGAAGGGAAUUCAGGAGGCUCAGGUUCAGCUACAGAAGGCAAAUGAGGAGCGGCUUCUGGAAGAGGGAGUGUUGCGGCAAAUCCCUGUAGUAGGAUCCGUGCUGAAUUGGUUUUCUCCAGUCCAGGCUUCACAAAAGGGAAGAAGUUUUAACUUAACAGCAGGUUCUCUGGAGUCCACAGAAUACACCUAUGUCUACAAAGUACAAGGUACAGGAGUGACACCACCUCCUACACCCUCAGGCACUCGAAGCAAACAAAGGCUCCCAGGUCAGAAGCCUUUUAAAAGGUCCCUGAGAAGCUCGGAUGCUGUGAGCGAGACCAGCUCAGUCAGCCACAUUGAAGACCUGGAAAAGGUGGAACAGUUGCCCAGUGGGCUAGAGCACGACAACCUAGAGGCCCAGUGCCCCGAGCAGCCCUGCAGGGCUGCUGACCCUGUGGCCAGACAGACUGAGGCCCUGCAGGAUGAGGAAGAUGACCACUCACAGGUAGAGGAGCUGGAGCGCUUAAGAUAGAGCUCAGUUACACUGGGCUAGAGGCUGUAUUGACUGUCAUUUCAGGGAAGGUAAAGUUCUAUUGAAGAUGUGAACUAUGCCACAUGCUAAUAUGAUAAAAACUUCUGUUGUUUGUGCUAAACUAGGAGUUUUGCACAGAUACCUGUCAGAAAACCAGGCUUUUUAGGGGGCAAUUAUUUUUUGUGUAAGUAGAACAAAUGACAAUUGACUAUUUUGUCCUGCCCAACAUAGGCGUACCCUUUCUUCCAGUACCAUAAACAUUUUGUACUGAGAGGACUCGUGGACUUCCUUCAAACACCUGCCACUUGAAACACUGCGCUCAUCUCUCUGAGUCUCAUCGUGAUGAGGCUGUUCACAAUGACUCUUCUGGUUCUCUUCCACUGUCGUAGUAGCUCGUAGUUGGGUCACAUUGUGGUAGAUGCUUGCUGAUGACGCCUGCGUUGUCACGAAACAGAACUUCUUGCUAUAGCAGGGUAAAAGGCUCAGCUAGGCGGAAGGGAAACACCCAGGUAGGGCCCAACAAUUCCCCCUCUUUUAUUUUUUAAGUAACUCCUGUCUUAGGAUCAGACUGGGGUUCCAAAAUUCUUUCCCGUCUCUGAAAACCCUGCCAGUCUUCAGGAUUUCUGUCUUAGGCGAGUCUGGUCUCAGAAGGCUGCCCAUCUUUGGCUAACUACUUGUCAUACAAACUGAACUUAAUUUGGGCCAAUAGAUUAUUCCCGGCCAAUGAAAACCAAACCUGUUUGGCUUAGCAAUCAAGAUAAGCAUUUAAAUCCCCAACAGCCUUGCUGCUAUUAAGGGCCUUAACAGGGGUUACACACACAGAAUGAUAAAAGAGAACAAGAUAUAACAGGGUUUCCCAGAGAAAGUCCAAUUGUUCCUGAAGGAGAGCAGUUUGUUGGUUGAGAUUAAGAAUGACCAACUGAAUCUGAGUAUUAACGCUAUUCUGCACAAUCAAUGCCAUGGCAACCUCUCCAGACAACGUAUCCAUAGUUCCAAUGACAGCUGCUGAUUGAGAUGUGGCCACACUGGCCACUGCAGUAGCAGUGGGUGAAAUGAUGAUGACAGCAAUGACUGCCACAGUAAUGCCAAAAGUCUCUUUUAUGCCUGUACAGUACCACUGGGAAUCAGCCUUCAUCUGGUAGGGGGAUCACACCAGGAACUCGAAUAAUCAAUGCAGAAUCUUCCUGUUCCCCGAAACUGGUCAGUAGAUAGGACCUGGAAGAACAAUUGAGAAUCUCCUCCCUUGACACUGCCUUAGUCCCAUUCCUAACCAAAAAAGAAAAAGGGUGCCAACACGCGUGGCGCAGAUUUCAGAAAAUUUUUACUCUCCUUAAUUGGGCAAAAAUGUAGGGAGGUUUCAAGAAUAUCAGAUACACUUCAAGAGGCAGUACUUAAAGGUCCAGGCCAGCACCUAUAUCCUGGUCUAGGAGGCAGAUAACUAUCAUUUCUAACAAGACUAAUGGGGUACAAAAUAUCUCUCAAUCCUAUAACACUAGCAUUGCUAUGGAAACAUUACUAAAAGUAAACAUGAAUAAAAAAGGAGCUAUUUAACUAGGCUUUAUAAAAAUCUUAACAAAACAUAGACUAUUCUUUAAGAUGAAAAGUAAAGUUAAGAAUUAUUCGUUUUACCUUUAUGUGAGCUGCCGUUUUACCUGUUGUGCAACCAGUUUAUUGUAAUAACGGCAGGCUGUGCCGUGCUAUGUGAUCCCACUGGCAUCAGGAUUGGGGGAUUCUUCAUGAAGCUUUAGUAUAUCUCCAGGCGGACUGUUGUCCACAGGACGCACAAAAUUCUCAGGAACCCAAACAGGGGCCUCAGCAUCCUUGGGGAAGAUGCAAGCUGAUCCUCUUACCCUGACUAUGAUGGGGUCAGGUCCCUUCCAGGCUCCCGAGGCCAGAUCUUUCCAUUUAACCAAACCAGUGUGUGCUCUGUCCUUCCUCCAGUGUCUGUCGGCCGCUGAGAGACCAGCCUUAUCCACAAUUAAAAAUUUAAGAUAUAAAGAAUAGUUGAUAAUUUUAGUAGGAGGGGCUCAUACCCUCCCUCUGUUAUUCUUUCAGGUUGGUUUUUUAUGCUCAAAUGGCCUUCCCCUAUAGUUGCUUGACCUUGAGAAUUGUAAGGGAUACCUGUUUUAUUAAGAAUAUCAUAAUAAGCACAAAAUUGUUGAAAUGUUUUGCUGGUAUAUGCUGGUCCAUUAUCAGUUUUUAUUUGCCUAGGCACAUUCAUAAAGGCAAAGGCUUGUAAACAAUGGCUUUUCACAUCUUUGAUCCUUUCUCCACUAUGAGCAGAAGCAAAGAUCAAUCCUGAAUAGGUAUCUAUGGACACAUGGACAUAUUUCAAUUUCCCAAAAGAAGGUACAUGUGUGACAUCCAUUUGCCAAAUGUCAUUGGGCAUCAAUCCUCUAGGAUUGACACCCAGACUGGGUGAGGGAAUUAACAGAGCACAUGAGGGACAUUGAGUAACUACCUGAACAGCUUGCUCCUUGGUGCAUCCUGUACUGUGUCUUAAAGAUUGUGAAUUUAUAUGAAAUUUUCUAUGUCAUUGAAGGGCCAAAUCAUAAGAAUCAAGAGCUAUAGCUACAAAUUGUGGCCUAGUAUACACAUCAGCAGCAGCAUUGCCUUCUGCCAAGGGGCCAGGCAAUCCAGAUGACCUCUGAUAUGCCCUACAUAAAUAGGCUCUCUGCAUUGCCACAGCAAUGCCUGCACUUGCAAAAGACAAGAGCAAAUAGGAGAGACAGGAGCAACAUAUGCAACAGUUUCCAAAGGUAAAAUAAUAUUAGAUACAUAAACACUAUCUGUAUAAAUAUUGCAGGGCUCUUCAGGAAACAAAGAUAGCGCCAAAGGAAGGGCCUUUAAUUCAGCCAACUGUGCCGAGGUGCAGUGAAGCAUCAUUUUCUCCACCUUGCCCUCUGAAAGGACCACAGCGUAUCCCUUAGAAAACCAUCAGUGAAAACUAAUCUAGCCUCACUCAAAGGCUGAGUUUUUACUAUAGAGGGAAAGAUCACAGGAUGUAACUUAAAAAAACUGACAAAUUUUAUUUUCAGGAUAAUGGUUAUCAAACUGACUAGUAGUGGAACAUGAAAAAAAAAAUGGACCAAUCACCAAAAGUUCUAAUCAAAUUACUUACCUGUUCUUGAUCAUAAGGUAAAAUAAUCAUUCUGUGAGCAGGUUGCAUAGUCAAGACAGCUCCCAUAUCAUGAAGAACAUCCCUUCCCCAUAACAGGGGUAUUUUCGAUGGUAAAGGGUUGAAAAUAUUCCAUAUGUCCUUCCUCAUCUUUCCAUUAAGUAUUAUUUUACUACGUUUUUGAGGAGCUGUCCCCACUCCUUGUAAAGUACGUAAUGACCAAUUACAGUUUUAGUUGCUUCUCCUGUUAAAGCAAUUGUAACCAGAAAGUCUGAAAGAGUGUCAAUAGUCAUAAAUAAAUCUAGGAAUACCAGAUUAUUGUCUCUAGCUAUUACUAUUUUGAUGAUAUAAAGAGUGAGUUUGUCUAAUUGUUCCUAUGCAAGGCCCAAAAUCUGCCUGUUAUAUAAAUCUGUUGUGACUUGGCCCUCUCUAAUGGGUCCUGGCAAUCCAGUCUGAGUUCUUAAAUGGCCUAUAAAGGAACAGUACAUUUCUCUUAAAUCAGUUGUAUUAGCAUAAGUAGUUGUGAAAUUCGAUGGUUAACCAUAUCUAAGAGGAAGAAUCUAAUCAAUUGCAAACCAUACGCUGGAUAUUGGCUACCAGUAUACGAAUUGAAAGCUUGAUUUUUUUUAACAUCUUAAAAACAGCAGCUAUGGCAUGUAAUUCAAUAGUCUGUGUUGAGGCAGGGGAAACUCAAGAGAAUAAACAUAUGAUCCAAUUAUAUAUGUUGCCUUCUCAUAAAAUAGCCAAUUUAAUUGCUGUUUGGAAUAAGGUAUGUUUCAUCAGGUCCUUUUUCUAAAAUACUUCCAUGACUCAAGCUUACGAUUCUGUACAUCUAGCUCUCUUUACUUUCUGUAAAGCUAUUCAGUCACUCCUCAGUUAAUUGUCUAGGGGAAUAGAAUUUGCAUCUCCCUUGGGAAUAUCAAACAAAGGCAUAAGUCCUCCUGUGGUAAACUUAACAUAUCUUAGAAGCUUUUAAAAAUAAUUUAAAGUAAACUAUCUUGAAUUUUCUGUGCCACAGUUUGUUUAGGAUAUAACUGAUGUCUCAAAUAUUGAAAAGGAAUAUUGAAUCUUUUUCUGGAGCAACAGCUACUCCCAAAAACUUAAAGCACUUUGCAAGCGUAAAGGCUUGCAGUAAAAUUAAAAUGUCUAUAUAAUGGAUAAUAUACACUGAAAGAUUCAAAGUCUUAGCUUCUUGUAUUGAAGCAGUGACAAAAAUUUUUUACAUAAUAUAGGGCCAAAAGUGAUUCCUUGAGGCAAAACGUUCCAUUGGUAUCACUUCAAGGACUCUCCAAAAUUAUAAGCAAGCUCACUAAAUGAAAACUUUAACAAUUGCCAGGAUAUAAAGAAACAGCAUAAAAACAAUAUUUUAAAUCUAUAACAAUUCUACAUGUAUUUCUUGAAAUAGCAGUUUGAGUAAGCAAACAGGCUGUAAUGCUCUUAUAAGUUAACAAUCUCCUGUUUGAUUUUUCUCUUAAUUACAAAUGUGUUAGAAUCUUGAGCCUGUCUGUGAGCGAACUGUAAACUGUAGCCAAUGUAACACUGACAGUCAUUAACCAUAAUCUUUAAGUUUCCCUUGUAACACUAGAGCACAACCAUAAUUUUGGAAAGCAAAAUUCAACCUCCAACAAACUAUCUAUUCUCCAAAAUCCAGUCUCUCCAAAACACCAAAUCUAUUCCCCCUGCUUUAAAGUUUGACUGUCAAUUCUUGCAUAUGAACGAAUGAUGGUGCAGGCUCUAAUUCCUCAACAAAGAGACAUUGCCCUAAAUUCUUUUAUAAGUUAUUAAAAUAUUAUCCCAAUUUAGACCUGUUUCCCUGGGUUGGCUCAUGCCACGUGUUGUCUAGAACGACUCCAUCCGAAUUACCAGCCAAUCAGAAACAAAAAAUGAAGUGGCUACACAUAUCUUUAAUAUUUAGAUCAAACACCAUUUUUACUUUUUCUAGCUGUAAUUUUAAGAGAAGCACUUUGUCACCUGUUGAAUCCAAUAAUCACAGUCAGAGAUCCUUCUAAGAGAAACAGCCAUCAGCUCCAUUACCAUAGAAGCUGUGAAGCUGAUGGUGCCUUUAAGAUUGGCUCCUGCAGACACUUAGCCCUAGGGAUCUUCUCCAGCUGACCUAGGCUCUAGCUCCAGGUACAGGGCUCCAAAGGCCAAUUUAAACUGUUUUUUAUUUGUUCCUUUCUUGAAAGGAGUUAAAACUAAAUCAAGCGGUGAAUCAACCAGCAUUUAAAGUUUUAACUAUUUUUUUGUUUUAAACAUGAAACACAAAACAUUCAAGCAACUAGAAGCAACACUGAGACAUAAAUUGACAUACAUGGACAGCUUGGUGCACCAAGGUCAGACAAUAGACAGAGGGAAAGAACUAGAUGGCGUUCCACCAAUGGAACCCAGACAUCCUACCUAAAGGACCCAGAACCAGAAAUAAGCACUUCUCCAAUAGGAGCCAGCAAGGAAACAGGACGUCUCCAGCCUUCCUUCUGUCCCUAGGAGAGCUCUUAAAAAAGCUUAAGCUCAUUUUCCUUCUUUCACUUGUGUCUAUUUGGGACUGAAAAAUCCUCUGGAGGCCACCAUGACGAGCUCAGUGCCGUCUGCUGUGCAGCACGGUAAGGCUGAAGCAAACAAGCCUGCUUCUCAUGUGGCUGUAGCUUCUCUUCUACGUGAAGCUCACCCUGGGCCCAGCUCAGGAAAGAACCAGAGAAGUCGCCUCUCCCAGGCUAACAAGCCAGAGCUUGCUGCCUCAUUCCUGUCCAUUCCUGUUUCCCCAAAGUACUGUGUCACCUGUAGAACCCUAAGAUGCCCCACCCGUGCCUUUCUAGUCCCUAAAAGUCAAACAGUGGGAGAUGCUAAGAUGGUGUUCCUGUGGACUGCAGUGUUGGAGCCUUAGUUACACCACAUGAAGCCUAUAAUUACACUUCACCUGGGUGGUUGCUGACUGCUGCCCCCUUUAUUGUUUUUUUGGGGGGAGAGGUGCAAAUGAUUAUAAAUACAGUCUUCCCUGUUUAUUUGGUGCAAUGAAGUAUAGCAGGUAACAUGGGGAGGGGUAAAUUAUCACCUUUAACAAGAUUGAUUUUUAAAUGUUUUUGUACAUUUGGAAUUGUUACCUGGUUUUGCUGCAACAGAAUUUACCUUGAGACAUUAUCUGAUGUUGGCUUAAAUAAAGGCUCUUGAAAUUGCUACCUUUAA